UCUGGGCAGUUCGCGUUGUGUGAUUCAUCAUGCAAUGCAAUGUGAUUGAAAACUCACGUAGCUAGAUAUAGAAAAAGUGUCGAAUUAGUUCGCACCAUGGCGGAUCAGCUGCAACAGUGGCUGUUUUCGUCCGAUCCUUUAGGGGAUCUGGAUCCGAAUUUACAGUCUCCAGGCGGCAGUGAUGUUCUUUUGGAUGAUAUUGAUGAUGUUAUCAAAUAUGAGUGUCCAGAUGAUUCUCUUCUACUUGAUACCACCUUGGGAUCAGCAAAUCUCAACGAUUCUGGUUUUCUAUCACCGGACUCGCACUUUGAUAUGCUGAUGACGUCUCAAGCAUCGAGACUGCAAGAUCAGCAACAGCAGCUACAGCAGCAACUUAGUCCAGUACAAGUACCUGCAAGCACAGAGGUACAGCAAAUCUCUCCACACCAGAUACAAACGCAGCAGUCACAGCUCCAGACAGAGCAGGCAGAAAAGGAGCAACUGCAGAACCAACUGCAGCAGCAGCAGCAACAGGCUACCGUGCAGAUACAGCAGUUGCUGCAGCAGCUUCAGAAGCAGGCACAACGCCAAGCCCAGUUGCAAGAGCAACAGAAGCUGCAAGCACAGCAACAACAGAUUCAAGCCCAACAGCAGAUACAAGCCCAGCAGCAGAUACAAGCCCAGCAGCAGAUACAAGCCCAGCAGCAGCAGCAGACUGUUCAGUUGCAGCAACAGCAAAUACAGCAGCAGCUUUCACCGACUGCAACCCCCUUGACUGUUCAGCAGGUGCCUCAGUCAUCUCCACUCAACUCUCCCAAUGUUCUGAGUACAAUUGCAACAUCACAUGUGCUGACUUCAAGUAACAUACCGACUGGCAAAACUGUAGUCGCAUCACCAACAAUUCAGUCACUAUCUCUGACUCCACAAGUACUGCAAACUCCAUCAAGUCCUCAGCUAACAAUCCAGACUCCUAAACUAGCUGUGUCUCCAGCCAAACCAGUUCAGCCAUUGCCAGUCACUACAAGUUAUCAACAGGUUGUCGUUCCAACCCCAAUCAUCAAGGCUGAACCCACCAAAUGCCUACCCGUGGUCUCGGUCACUAGUGCCUCCCUCCACAUCAACAACGAUGGUGGUGCAGUCAUCACCAGUAUUCCCAUGCUGCAGGUUGACAAUGACAAGCUGCCUAUCAGUAGGCUGACGUCGACCCGGACUGAACAACCACCGCCGAAGAAAGGAGAGAAAAGGACAGCGCACAAUGCCAUUGAGAAACGUUAUCGAUCCAGCAUCAAUUCCAAGAUACAGGAACUCAAACAGAUGGUGGUUGGACAUGACGCUAAGAUCCAGAAAUCUGGCAUUCUUCAGAAGGCCAUAGACCACAUCAAAUUCCUGCGCAACACAGUCAACAAGUUGAAACAAGAGAACAUGAUACUGAGGGUCCAAGCAGAGAAGGCCAAUCCAUCACACACACUGCUGGGUGAUUCCAUCAAAGUAAAGACUGAACCGAUGACGCCACCCCCAUCUGAUACCAGCUCACCCCUGCGUAGCCCCAUCAGCAGCACCUCAGACGUCUGUAGCUCUGACAUGUGUGAAGAAGAAGCCAUGGAGCAGAACUUCUCUUACAGCGAAGAGGAAGACUUCAAGUCUGAACCCUACAGUCCCGGUGGUCUGCUUGACCGCACACGCCUGGCUCUUUGUGUCUUCAUGUUCUGUUUCGUGGCUCUGAAUCCCCUCGGAUUCCUGUUUGACUCGCCUGGAUCUUCUACAAACCUUGCUUUUGACAGACCACAGGGACACGGACGAACCAUUCUUGCUGAAGAAGAGCUAAUUGAGCAGACUUGGUUCCAGUGGCUGUUGUCCUCUUGUCUGGUGUGGUUUGUCAACGCAGCGAUAGUCAUAGGCUUCUUAGCUGGUGUCUUCAUAUUCGGGGAACCAGUCACCAAGUCCCACAGCGAUGCAUCAACAACGUUCUGGAGACAUCGGAAACAGGCGGAUUUGGAUCUCGCUAGGGGUGACUUUGCAGCAGCAGCCAGCCAGCUACGCACCUGCCUGUCAGCUUUAGGCCGGCCUCUACCAACAUCUAGACUAGACCUGUUGUCAUCUCUCAUCUGGAACCUGGUACGUCAUGCUCUGAAUCGUCUUCUCAUCGGUCGCUGGUUGGCUACUCUUGCUGGUGGGCUGCGUAGGAAGAGAGAAGGAGAGAAGUGUCCUGAUGGCAAGACGUCGUCUCGCAAUGGUGCAUUGGUCUAUCACAAAUUACAUCAGCUUCAUAUGGCUGGUUAUUUGACUGACGGUGAUCUGUAUGCCAUCAACAUGGGCCUGUGUGCCAUGAAUCUUGCUGAGUGUGCUGGGGAUACCAUCAGUCCAGCCACAUUGACUGAGAUCUAUGUCACUCAAGCACUGUGCUUCAGGAUCAGACUGGCCAGCAGACUGCAAGUGUUUUCUAGGUAUUUCCUGAGUCGUGCCCGUCAUAUCGGUGCUGGUGGCUCUGAGUUACCAUCCCUGCAGUGGUUGUUCCAUCCUAUGGGAUAUCGUUUCUUCCUGUAUGGAGCUUGGACCUGUCAACCCAAGGAGAGUCUCUACAGUGUGGCCGGAAAUCCAACGGACCCACUCUCCUUUGUCAGUCAGGCCUACAGAGAACAUCUUCUAGAGAAGGCUGCCUACUCCUUGGAAUCUCCAAACUCAAACUCCUCUUCAAGAAACCCAAAAGCUGAAAGCGAUCCUCAGUGUUCCGAGACACUCCAAUACCUUCAGCUUCUGAGUGAAUGUUCUGAUUCAGCCAGCACUCCCAAACAAGCCUUUGCCAUCGGCUCAAACAUGUCAGCUGCUUCAGGUGCAGACCCAGUCUCCAAGUGGUGGUGUAACAUUGUCUUUGUGGCUGUGUAUUGGCUCCUGGGAGAUGACGCAGCAGCAGAGAGACUCUACUCUGCAUUGGAAUGUCUGCCACAACAACUACAAAGUGCAGAGGAUGCUCUUCCCAAGGCCACUCAGCUGGCCUUCAAAGCAAGGAAAGCCUUCCUCAGCCCAGACAGCAACAGAAAAGAGGCCUUUCUGGAUGAGUGUAUCUACAUCUGCAACAAGUCCAGCGCUCAUCUGAAAAGCAGUCUCAACUACUCGGGGCAGCAUCGCCAUGAGAAAGUCACUCAGGCAAUGCAAGUCUUGGUCUGUGAUUGGCUUCUCUCAACUCGCACAGCUGUCUGGCAGAAGCAACAAGGCUCUCCUAACACCCCAGUCACCUCCAUCUCACCUCUAGAGCUCUCCUCCUUCCAGCAAGAUCUGUCCUGCAUCCGUAAACUCUCCACAUCCAUCAAGGCAGCGGUGCCCAGGGUGUAUGUCUACCAGGCUACCGCUAGGCUGAUGGCUGGGGCACAUCCGGCCAAGACACAGCAGCUAUUGGAUAGAAGCUUGAGGAGAAGGGUGACCAAUGCAUACUCAAACAUGAAAGAUGAUGAUGAGGUGACAGUGAGUGAUCGUGACCGAGCCUCAGCCCUCCUGAUGGCCUGCAGACACCUCCCCUUCCCUCUUCUCUCCUCCCCUGGUCAGAGAGAACGCAUGCUGGCUGAGGCAGCCAGGGCACUGGAGAAGAUUGGUGAUCACAGGGGACUACAAGACUGCCAACAGAUGUUGAGAAGUCUUCAGAAUGGCGGCAACAACUGCAACGCCACUGUAGCUUGCUGUUAGUCCUCUAGGGAAAAUGGAGUAGAUGAGCCUACUUAUUGGCAAAGUAUAACACUACCUUGCUUGACAAAUCAGCUAAAUACUGUUUCUUGAGAGUGGAGUUUUCAGCCGUAACCUUCCAGCACAAAAAUGCUGUGCUGUAGUGUUACUUGUACAUUGUAUUUGUGGUACUGUCUGUAACUUUUGAAGAUUGUGAAUACAUUUCUUUUAAAUAAUCCUGUAAAUAUGUUUUGAACAAAAAAGACACCGAUUAAGAUUGAGUGUGCCCAAAACAAAAAUAUUUAUUCCUCCUUAAAUUUACAAUGAAAAAAAAUUGGAAAAGCACCAAUUAUAAAGUACCAAGUACUAUCUAAAGAAAAAAUUGUUAUCAAGUGUGAGGGGUCUAAACAAAUGUUAUAUAUAUCAGUAUCCAUAAAUGUAUAUUCAGUCUAUCUGCCAUUUUAUUUACAAAUUAACCAUGUAUGGUCCUACAAAGAUUUUAUUUGAAGAAAAAAAAAGAUGUGUUAAAUAGUUAUAUUUAAGCUAUUUUGAAAGACUUUAGACUUCGGUUUAUGUUGUGCUUUUGUUCUUGUUCCUACAUACACAAUUCAGUGCUUAACAUUAUUACCAUUUUAGAUAACACAAAAAAGCCAUUAAUAAUGGUUCAAGUAAUUUUCUUUGAUCUUUCAUAUUUUAAGCAAGUUGCCUACAUGAAUGCAACUGGCCUUGUGUGAUAUAUGGGAUGAACUUUAGGAUCUAUCCAUUUACCUUCAGCUGUACAUAAUGCUCAGCUGGGAAAGUAUAUUUUCAAAGUAGAUUACUUAUUUCUUGUUAAAGUUACUUAUGGUGUACGUAUCAAUUGCCGUUAAUAAGUUACCCAGAUUUCCUAUUAUCGUUUAUUUUGAAUUCGUUAAUUUCCAUCUUAAUAUAUAGAAAAAAAAGCUUUUUAUAGCUCACAGUCCUAUGACAAAAUACACAUACUUGUACAAAUGUGAGUGGUAACGUUUAAUCUUUGAAUAAAUGAAAUGUUACUAUAAA